GAACAAAGCACAACCGCCGGAAGCCCUACUCCUGCAGCGUACCGGCAUAGGGGUUAUGCUGUAGGCGAUCACAUUCCGACGCAAACUUUUGUCUCAAGGGAGAACGACUAUGUUCGUCACUUACAGGAGCAAGAGGACCUCGCACGAAGACAAGAGGAGGACGACUAUGCGCUCGCAGCUAGCCUUGAAGCAGAAGAGAGGAGAUUGUAUGCAGCUUCUAAUACCACCGCUGCUAGUUCCGGAAGAAAAUCAACUGACUCCUCCUCAUCUGGAAGUGCGUCUUCUAGUAGUAGAAAUCGAAAAAUUCAGGUGGGCACAUCGAAAUCCGCCUCGUCCUCGCGUCCUCUCCCUCCAUCAGGUGGUGGUUAUGAAGAUGCGGAGUUGACCUACGCAGAACGCGCUGCUCUAGGCCAUUAUAUGCAGAAGGAUGCGCGAGAACAGGCAGCAGCACGACGUCUAGGUCUAGAGCAUUCUUCAAACAACUAUGCUGCUCGAGCCGGUGGUGAUAGAUUUCAUAGACCUGUGCCUCCUUCACAGAGUGACCUGCAUUUUCCGGCUAUGCCUGUCGGUUCUCCAAAAAGUUCGAAGGAUGGAACUCCUGGCACUGGAGGACACGCAAGAGGACCUCGCUACGAACACACGAGAGCACUUUUUCAAGCACCGCCACGUGGACCUUUGGGUGGGAACGUGGUGGGCGUGGGUGCAUCUGGUUCGAGUAUGGGUAACAGGGGUACACCAGCUGGUAGAAGUAGAACAACUAACGAUCAGCGGGCUUGUCCAACGGUUUCCACGCGCCCCGUGGUGUUGCACAAAGAGGCUGAAAAAUAUGAAGCCUUCUGCCUGGACAUUCUCGCGAGUGGGAGCUGGGGGCUCUACAUUCGUGAACGGCUGGCUCACUGGAUCGCCCGCUUAGUGGACCCUAUAAUCAGCGCAGGCGAAACUACACCUUCGUCGCACAACAAGCCAAGGAGCAACUCCAGAGAUCAGCAAAUGUCAACGCCGGCUACCUCACCAGUGCUCCCACCUCCAGCAAUAUCCUCUAAGUCGGUUGUAUCUGUCACAACAUCAGCACCUGGUUUGAACAACAACAAGUCCGGCGCGUUCGAUAAAGCGUCUGCUGCCUUUGAUAAUGCGUCAUCUCUGGUGCAAUUCCAGUAUAACGCAGCUGGAGAAACUUGGUGGAAGUGUGUGGUGAAGUGGACAAGUAAAGACCCGCGAGUGCAACCUGGCAGUAACUUGAUGUUUGGCUCAGAAGCGCAUGCGAUCGGGUAUGGGCCUACGAAGAGAGACGCGCAGGAUGUAGCGCGGGCUUACAUUUUAGAGGAGCUUGGUCUAUGCCGCGACUUCGCCGACCUCCGCUUAUCGGCUUUGGAUGUUGCUUCUACUGCUGGUUCUAGUACGGCAUUCGGCGAUCGCCUAGAGAGAAGUCUGCAUUUGCUCCCUGCCAUCUUUUGGGACCGCAUCUUGCUUCCUGCGUUUGCCCUAGCUUGUAGAAGCGGUAAGUGGUCCCACGUAAUAGACGCAUUGUGGAACGUAGCAACCGUUGCCAUGGACUUGUACCGACCAGCGAAGCCGUUUGAGUCACCGACCGAAGCAACCCGCUUUAUCGUCGAGAAAAUGCGAGAUCCGGAGGAAGCGAGGAGACUGCCGAGUAAGUUUCUGACUGUAGAGCAGUACCGGGACAUGCUGGAGGUCGUCGCAUACAGUGUAUCCGGCGAAAGUGUAGUUGCAGAUUUGGUUGACGGGCCGUUGCGCAACUUGCUGAAAGAUCCUCGCAGUUGCGUCACAAUGGCUAUUGGUGGAGCUGAAUACUUUUCUCGGCUACACGAAAUAGCGCUUCUAGAAAAGAGCGCAUCUUUGGCGGAGAGCAAAGCAGCGAUACCGGUUCAAGAUGAAGCGAAAGUACUGCAUGGGGACGGACGCAAUGCGGUGGGAAGGAUUGCGGUGCAGUUGGACCUCUUUACACUGUUAAGUGAACCACAUCAAACUGGUGGAGGAGAGCAAGGUCAGGCAGGCGCAAUCUUCUCCUCGAAAAAGAAGCGAGAGCCUCGAGCUUUGGGCACACUUGUCCAUCUUACACCGGCUUCCGGUGAAUCAGGGAAUGCUUCUAGACGACGCAGGGAAGAGUUUCAAAACAUGCGACUGCUGGCAAGGGAAGAGGAUGUUGAUGAAAACGAAAAUAACACUAGAAGUACUAGUAGCGGAAAACGAUGCAGAAGUGCACGCACAUCAGUCGAUGAUGGUUUUUUUGAGAUUGUUGGACCCUCUGACUUGGAUGACACCAUGGCUGCAUUACAGCUAUCUCUCCGAGGUAACGUUGGAAGAGGUGGCCAGAAGUUUUCGCUUAGCACAGCUUCUCUCAGACAAGUGGAAUUAGAGUAUCGACCAGCUGGAAUCUGCGCAUUUUUGCAGCAGCAAGAAGAAGGGUUCUUAAAUUUUCACCCUGGGGAUUGCGUAGAAGUGCGGCCAGUAUGGGAUUUGGUCGAAGUUUCGGAACGACGCCAGUCAGAAGCACUGUCGCAGUUGUGUCUGUCAGUGGAAGGUUUCAACCCCGUUUUACGUCGUCAAAUCAUUUACGAAGAUCCGCGGACGCUUGAUACCGUUGCACGGCCUAACAUCUACCGGCUGUCGCCCGGCACUGGCACAUCUUCUGGCUUUGCAAGCACUGGCACCGUUUUGGAUUCGCACUACCCAACCCGGAAGGAGUUCAGACCUGCUGACGUGGAGCGGGCAACUAAUGGCGUGUCUGCAGACACGCAACUGUCGAAGACACAGACAGAUGCUAUUGUCCGCAGUCAGAACGCGCCGACGGGUGCGAUCACUUUCGUUCGCGGACCUCCAGGAACUGGGAAAACAUUUGCGGCUGCGGAGAUUGUCUAUAACUGGUACCAGAGCGACGGAGGCCAUGGUACGAGUGUUCAGCGCACGACACUUGCGAAGAGCGCAAAGACGUCUGGGAUUUUAGCAGUCGCACAAUCUAAUGGUGCAGCCAACAUUUUGAUGAACUACUUGUGGGCACGUGAUCUGCCCUCCUUGAGACACGGAAGUUCUGAAGCUAAGAAAGCAACAAAAGAGAGGAUUUCUGGAUGGCGAGUCUUCCAUAAAAAGCGGGACGAUAUGGCAGGUUUACGUUUUCUGAAAAGAUUUGAAGAGUGGGCGUCGCUUGAAGAAGAGCUCUCUUCAGCCUUACGUACAGGAGACGUUGACAAGGCUGAGCGCUUGGAGGCAAAAGCAGCGAAGAUUGAGGAACGACAAAACCGUGAAGAGAUGGAGAGGGAACAAAAGCGAGGAGAAUCUAACUCUACAAGUUCUUCGAGCAGACGUAGAGAUGAGAACCUACAAGGAUCAGCAUCAAGCACAAAGGGGCAACAUCUUCAUCAGAGUGCUUCACAAAAACCCUUUCGAACCGAUAUGCAAACGGUGACGCGACGUGUGCGGGAAAACCACAGAAAAUGGAUGACUCACGUCCUGCACAAUCAUCCGCGUCUGCCCGUUAUUGCGACAAAUGAUGGAGCCGGGAGCGAAGCGCUUGUCAAGCUGUCAAGAC